AGCGUACAGCUUCCGGGUCAUUUGGCCAGCAUGACUAAGCCGCUUCUGGCAAAGCGUGUUCUCCUUCAUGGAGAGCACGUGUUGCGGUGGGGGCCGCCAGGACACUCCAAAGUUGGGGGGGUGGGCUAAUUGUUCCUUGGCCACUGAUGCGAUUGGGGCUUCCCUUGUUGUUGGGAAGAAGUUAAUGUUGCCAUUUAUUGAUUGACAGCCAGAAAUAGUAAAACUCCUUGUACGAGGCUAGGGCUUCCUUUUUUCGCCCGUGCAUCGGAUUGCCCGUCCCUCGUAAUAUUUUCUUUUACUUUUACUCUGCUUUCCCACCCCCACCCCCCUUGGUCUUUAAUUCCCCCCUACUCCCACCUCCCCCUCCUUUUAGCUUACUUUAAUGUUGGGUCUUCUAAUUUGGUGACAGGCCUCUCCAAGGCCGGUUUUCUUUAAUUCAUUGCCCCGGCUGCCCCUUUUCUGCCAGUCCUGGGUGAAGGGUGGGCCUGGCUGAGGGUGCAGCGGCCUUGGGCGGCCGUUUUUAGGCCUUUUUCGGAGGCGCCUGGUGCUGCGAUGCUGCGGGGAGUGCCUCCGGCCUUGCCAGGCCCGUGAGCUUCCCCCCCCCCGCCCUAUUCCUUAAAGGGCCGGUUUCGGCCUUGUUAGCCUGGCAGGCCCCGUUGUGAUCACCACCUUCCCUGCUUUUUGGCGGGAGCGCCAUUUUUGAGGCCUAGUUUGCUCUCGUAGAGCCUCUAGUGGCCGUUCUGAGGUACUGCAGCGCUUGUUUUUAUUGCAUUAUUUUAGGCUGACAUUGCAGCCUGUGUACUUUAAUUGUAAAGAAAAUAAUUUAGAGGCGAGCCAUUGUGGCUUAGUGGCUAGAGUGCAGGACUAGGUCCUGGGAGACAGGGUUCAUAUCCCUCACUUAGCUAUUGUUAUAACAAAACAAAUCAAAAUAAAUUUGGGUUUCUUGAGGGGGUGCUUCCCUCUAAAAGGGCAAGCAGGGGUACCUGGACAGGCGGUGGGCUGCCUCAAGUCUGUUAUCUCAUUGGAAACAUUUAUGUCUGGCCUAGCAGGUGAUCCUAGGGCUUUGCUCGAGAAUUUGAUGGCCUUUGGCAGCAAUUUCCGGCCUGAAUAGCAUCCCCAUGUGGUGCACGAAGCAUUGGUUUCACUGGUUCCUCACAUUAUUUAGUUUUUUGCAGACUAUGGCAGGGCCUUUGCAGAUGCCUCCAGAGCUUGUCUCUCCUGCAGAGGAUGACUUGCUGAUGCCCCAGGUGCCUUCUUCUGGAAGAAAGCGUCUUCAGAGGCGGAGAUCCAGGAGGGGUGGGCAAAGAAGAGCAGAGAUGAUUCUUACACUUCCUCACAGGUACUUCAUUCCUGGGCUCUGAUGACGAUUCAGCCGUCACCUUGGACCUCUAUGGGGUCAGGGUGAGGCUGUCCCGGGUCUUUAAGGAUCAUCCUGGUUAGCUCAGCAGGUCAGCACGUGGUGCCAGUAAUGCCUAGGCUGCGGGAUUGGUCCCUGUAAGGGACAGCUGCAUGCUCCCCCAUCGUUCUACCUGGACAGAAGCCUGGUUGCAGGGGGCCGGGCAGAGGGCCUUCUCGGUGGUGGCACCUGUCCUGUGGAGAACCCUCCCACCAGAUGUCAACUACCAGACAUUUAGAAGACAUCGGAAGGCAGCCCUAUUUAGGGAAGCUUUUAUUGUCUGAUGCAUUACUGUAUUUUAAUAUUUUGUUGGAAGCCACCCAGGGGAAGCCCAGCUAGAUGGGCGGGGUAUAUUUAAUUUUAUUAUUAUUAUUAGGGAGUGGACUAGAAGAUUGUUGGUGUCCCUUCCAACUCUACGAUUCUAUAAGUAGCAAUUCACUAUGAUGGGAAUGUUAGACCCAGGGCUGCCAUCAUCCCCACAGCUUGCUGGGAUCGCAGGGAUGGGGACGUGUGGACCACUUGCGCAGCUCCACAUUUCAAAUGGAAAUUCCCUGAGCAGUAGAACCUGAAACUGGUGUGCAGGAAGCUGGCCCGGCGGCAGCUUUGUUGUUUAGGGGGUCUGGACAGCGUCAGCCCUGUAAAUUCACACAUCAUGGUGGCAGCACAAGACGCCCCCUGCCCAAGCGGGGGCUGGGAGCUGGCAAGCAAUAGCUCCUUAUCUCUGGCCCAUAUUCCCAUAAAAUUAUCUCCCUUGAAAGCCUGGCUAAAAGGUUAUCAAAUGGGUCAGCGACUUUGUGCUUGUGGGAAGGGUUUUCUCAAGGUUUAGGAUUCCUCUGGCUUUUCAGCCAGUGGCUCGGAAUACAGCAAAUCAAAAGUCAGUUAGAGAGCCACCUAAGGUAGCCAGAAACAAGGUUAGGAAGCAGCUUGCAUUGGGACGUAUGGUGGGACCCCUAAGAAAACCCCAUAUAAUUCCAUCUGAUCCUUAUUUAUCGCAUCCCAAAGGCACCUCAGUGAAUGACACUAUCCUUAAGGAAUAGUUCCGCGAAAUUCACAUCUUUGGAGCAGGCGGUUGAGCUUACCACAAAAUUGGAAGAGGUGCCUUGUUGGCAAUAUGCUAUAUUGAAUCGGCUGUUAGGCUGCUGCUGGUUCACCAGCGAGAUUUUAAGUGGUUGGGCUUUAAUUUGGAUGGGGCUCCUUAUAUUGAUAAGGCAAUGCUGAUGGGUUGCGCAAUAGACUGUGCAGCACUCCAGUCCUUUAGCGCCUUUCUGGAUUGAACAGUGCGAGUCUAUACUCAUUUAACUGGGGGUACCAAUUUUUUGGAUUAUUUUACUGGCUGGUUCAUGUGACACCAGCCUCUGUGUAGGCUUGCUAGACACCCUUUAUUCCUCUGAGGAGCUGGGUGUUUCAUAGGUAGUAACGUAUUUGGGGGUUAGCUGGAUACCGUUGCUCAAACAUCUGCUUGCCUGUGGUGAAGCUGUUUGCCUUGAAGGAAGUUAUUCUUGUAAUGCUUCCUCUGAAGCAAGUGUUGCUUUGUCAAAUCCUAUCAUUUGCUAGGUCAGUUAAAUUUUGCAUGCAGGGUGGUUGCUCCAGGCUGCCCCUUCCGUUCCUGUUUGGCCAGGUUGUCUCAUGGCCUGAGGUCCCUUCUUCAUCAUGUACACUGGCCUUGAGCCUGGCAGGGCAAGCCAAUCAUUAUUUAGGGAUCCAGAUGGAUACUGUUGCUCAAACAUACUGCUUGCCUAUGGAGAAGCUGUCUGCCUGGAAGGAAGUUAUUUUGUAAUACUUCUUAUGAAGCAAGUGAUGCUUCAUCAGAUCCGAUCUUCCUGGGUCAUUUAAUUAAAUAUUGCAUGCAGAUUGGUUGUCCCAGGCCGCCCCUUCCGUUCCCACUUGGCCAGGCUGCCUGCGGCCCGAGGUCCCCUUACCUUCGUGUACGCUUACAUGGCAGGAUACCUUGAACCUGCACAGCGAUUUUCAGGUUCAUGCUGAUGCUGCUGGAUCUUUGGCCUUUGGUUUUUAUUUCAGGGGCUGCUGGUGUGCAAAGCCAUGGCCUCAAGCCUAGUGUGGUGAGGCUAUCAUGUGACCUAACUUUGCUUGAGUUUUUCCCAUUGUAGUGGCAGUUCACAUCUGGACCAGGAAUUCAGUGACCGUCGGAUCUGCUUUUGGUCUGAUAACCAGGCAGCGGUGAGCAUCUUGGCAGAACAGUCCACAUGCUCCAGCAGAGUCUCCGCCCCUCUGCUCACGCUUUGGAGCUGCACUGCUUAAGGUUUAAUAUUGUGCUUGGUGCUCACCUGAUUAGGGGAUCCUCUAAUGAUAUUGCUGACACUCUAUCCCAUUUUCAGAUGGAGUGCUUCAGAUCCUGGGCUCCAGACACUCAGCUAUUGCCGGACUUUUCCGGACCACCUGUUGCACUUUGACAACAAUUAGUAAUUACAGGGAGUAGCAGCUUCCAUUCCCCUUCUGCUUUUAGCUCUUAUGAGAAGGCCUGGACUGAUUUCUUAGGGUUUAGUUGACAGCCCUUGGCCUUUCAGAGGAAGUUGCCCCCAUACGCAGAGCAGAUCCUGCAGGAUUUGGGCCCACCUGCUGCAGAUUGGAUAUGCUGUAAAAACUAUCAGAAUUCAGUCCGCUGCAAUGUCUGUUAUAGUGAAGCUUAAUUUUUCAGAGACCCUUGAAAAAAGUUUGUCGUGCACAGGGCCUUGGACGGUUGGAAUAGGCUCCAACUUCAUAGGAUGGUGCACCUCUUCCAAUUGGGCCGAGUGGCCAGGACGCUCAGGAUCCAACCGGCGGCCAUUUCCUUUUCCUGCAAAGCCUUUUGUAAUAAAGACCCUUGCACCAAAUUUGUGGUGCGCAAGGCUGGGGUAGGCUGGGCACUCUAUCCCCUGUGGUAAGGAAGCCUAUAACUUUUGAUUUGCUGACCAGCAUGCUCUCAAAGUUGAGGAGCAUUUGCUGGUUCAAAUAUGAAGCACGGCUUUUUUCAGCCGCCUUUUCUUUAUCCUUUUUUGGCGCCCCGAGGGUAGGUGAGGUGGUAUUGGAGUUCACCCGCAGCAGAGAGUCAAGGGGACUGCUUUUGCAGGACGUAACUCUAUCCCCUUCGGAGGUGGUCCUGUUUAUCCGGAAUUUGAAAACAGACCAGUUAGGCAGGGGUGCCACUCUUAGGCUGCCUGCCAUUGGGAAUAAGGGUCCUUGCCUGGUUAAGGAUACCUCCAGGUAUUUGGAUCUCAGGCCAUGGGGGGAGGGUCCAUCCCUUAUUCAUGAGGAUGGUGCCCCGUUGGCUAGGCAUCAAUUUGCUAAGGUGAUGCGGAAAGCGAUUGCAGCUUGUUGUUUGAAAGCAGCAGGUUACGCCUCUCAUUCUUUCCGCAAUGGUGCUGCCACUACAGCAGCUUAUUGGGGACUGUAGAAAGAAUUAAGAACAUGGGCCGUUGGAAGUCCAAUGCAUUUUGUGGAUAUGUGCAUAGACAUCGUUGAUCACCCAUACUUAUAUUUGCUUGUCUUCUCUUAGGUGUGGCUGCUGUUCGCAUUGUCGGCCACAGCAUUGUCUACUGGGCCGGUAUCAGAGCAAGGGAGUCUGGACUUGGACUCAGUCUUGGCUUUCCUCAACACGCGCAAGUGUCUUGGCUGUCCAGGCGUGGAAUCCUGUUGGCCGAAUUGCUUCCCCUUGUUCAGAAGCAUGUGAGGUUGGAGGGGGCCCCUACAGCUAUCGUGCUGCAGUUAGGGGGAAAUGAUCUGCUUGCCACGGACUGUUGUUAUUUACAUUUUACAGUUCAAAAGGACCUGGCUGAAUUGGCAGAGUUUUUGCCGGGUGUGAAAGUUUUGGUCCCAGUUGCUGCAGAGACGCACCUGGUGUGGCAGUCGCUGUCCAGCCGCCACUGAUGGAGCCAGAAAGCGUGUUAAUAAGGUGGCAAUGAAAGCAGUCAUUGCUCAUGGUGGUUCUGUGAUUGCGCACCCCGAUAUAACCUUCAAGGCGGCCAUCCUUUUCAGGGACAAUGGUGUGCAUCUUUCACCGUUGGGAAAUGACACAUGGUUAAAUUCUGUUGUGUGGGUUUGAAGGUGGGGCUGCAGUUGUGAGUGGUUGGCGGCGAGCUUGAGUGCUCGGUGGCGGUUAGGCAUUGGUUUAUGGUUUGGUUGGUUGAGGGGCAUGGAUUGGCUGUGCCUGCCCCUCUAAUGCUGCUGCUGCAAGGGAUUCCGUUAAAGGAAUUGGGAGCUAACUAUUGCUUGUCCACUCUGUCAAGGGGCUCGGGCCAUAGCAGUGAGCUCCUGGUUGCAUUUGGGGUGAGGGCAGGUUCCCUGCUCCGCGUAACCCCAAGUGUAUUCCCCAUUCUGACUUUCGCAUCGUGCGGAAUGUCAGUCUGUCCCCCAUGGUGGGGGCAGAUAGUCGCAACCAAUGCCUACGCAACCACUCACAAAUUUGUAUUUUAAUAAAGUUGUGGCCAAAAUUAUGCCAAAAAUCUUAAACAAAAACUUCUGUGUGAUGUGUGAGUUAUUGGGGUGGACCUGGGGACCUCGACACGCAAACCAGAGCAGCGCACAGAAACGCCGUUUACCUUCCCGCCGGAGCAGUACCUAUUUAUCUACAUGCACUUUGACGUGCUUUCGAACUGCUAGGUGGGCAGGAGCUGGGACCGAACAACAGGAGCUCACCCUGUCGCGGGGAUUCGAACUGCCGACCUUCUGAUUGGCAAGUCCUAGGCUCUGUGGUUUAACCCACAGCGCCACCCACGUCCCUCAGCAAUUACAAUGGGGGGAUGCAAAUUAGCAGCACAACAGUAAAGACAGAAGCUCAGGACUAAAAACGGAUCAUGUUUGGCUUCUGAAGCAAAGUUUGCAAACCGGAACACCUACUUCUGGGUUUGUAGCAUUCGAAUUCCAAGUUCGUGAACAAAGCUGUACGAAAACCGAGGUACCACUGUAUUGGCUCUCCUUUUGAAACGAAGUCAGACAAUUUGACUCUGGAGAUAAAUUUAAACGGAGAGAAUUUUGGAAACAUUUCAGCCUUGAUUUUGGAAAAUUAAGUGCCAAGAUUGAGAGAACCAUAAAACAAUGACUUAUCAUUGGUCAGAUCAUUGGUCCAUCUGGCUCACUCUGCAGGUUUCCCAGGUGGCUCUCCUAGAUGGGGUCUCUCCUGGCCCUACCUGGAGAUUCCAGGGUUUGAAAUGGGGGCCUUCAGCAUGAAAGGCAGAUGGCUCUACUGCUGAGGUAUGGCCCUCUGCUAAGAGCACUUGAUGAAUUUCCAGCAUUCUUCUGACCUAGGAGUCUAAACAUAAUGGGGGAGACAGCAGAAAAAUCAAUAAUCAUUACACUGAUUUGAAACUUGUCUGAAUGUGUGUAAGUGCCAUUAGAAAAUAGUUGUGGAAACUUUGAAGUCCAUUAUAUAACAAAGAUGCCUGGCAUUGUGACCAAUAGUUUGUUUUCCCAAUAAAAAAUCCACUUGCUCAUAAACUUGACUGUCAGGUUUGCAACUCUCAAAAGAAUGGAGAACUGUCACUUCUUAAAUUAUGGCUACUUCCAGAUAAAAGCAACAGUACUUAAGGUGCAAGUUACAUAUGCCCUCUGGCAGUCUUACUGCACUUCCAAGUCAUACAGAAUUUUCUAAAUAAUUACAUACAUAAACCAUGUUCUCCAAAGAUUUGUGUUACCCUGGUUAAUGAUAUACAGUGUAUGCAACAGUCAGAAUGGUGAUAUAUGCCAUUUUGCAAUGCCAUUGUCAGAUGUUUUCAUGAUGAUGUUGCUUUGGAAAAUCAUAUGAAAUGCUGCUAUUUGAUAUAUACAUUUUUCCAAGUAAUGUGAUUCUUCAAGAAACACAAAGUUAAAAUAAAAAAUGUUUCUAAGUACAUCAUCCCCAAAGUCUUUUGAAUUACAAUAUUUAACUGGUGCAGCUGGCUAAGGAUCAUAGCAAUAUAAUUCACAUUCUUGUAAAAGGUUUUCAACUGGAACUUUAUUGUGCUGUCUGGCAGUGUCUGAAAUAAUGAAAACAUAAUGCAUAUUUCAAAGCAGGAGAAUUAAAUAAAUAUAAGUAGGUACAGAUGAGAUGGACAAAGGAAACAACUGGAAGAUUCUAUUACUAAGCUAGUACAAACUGAAUCAACUGUGCCAAAAAAAAAUCCCCUGCAUUUUUUCAACCCUUAUCUAUUAAUUAAUGAGCAGAAAAAUUGUAUGUAAAAAUUAUCAAAGGGGGGGGGAGAUAACAUUUUAGUAAAAUUCUGAAAUGGAAUAGUGUGCAGUGGUAGGAGAAGGCAGAAGUAGCAUUCUCCUUAGCACUACAUUGAAUUCCUAUCUAUAUUUGCAACCAUAAGGACUAUGAACUGGCUUGGUCAUUAGAGUUUCUUAAGAAGCUGAAUUAUGCACCCUGUACCAUGUACUUUUGAAGUGACCUGGGGUGUUAAUGAGUCUCCUUACUUUCAUUCUAAGUGGUCUGCACAAUGCAGCCUCCCCAGGUGCCUGAACUUCUUGAUAUUCUGAAGUGGGCUGUCCUGUAAGAGUUGGGAGGUGGACAGCCUGCCUACUGUGAACCUGAGAGCUGAUUGUUGUUAUUGCUUUAAAUGUUGUCUUUUCUAAGGUUAUAAUCAACACAUUGUGGCUGGUUUUUUGGACUGAUUUGGAACUAUUGCUAUUUGGAACUAUGUAUUGCUUUGUGUUAUAUUCACUGUUUUAUUGAAUUUGCAUUUAGUCAUAUUACUGCAUUUUUAAUUAACAUUUUAAAAGGUUGCUUUUUCAUUUUUAAAAGACUGUGGAAAUAUUGUUUUAAAAGGCUAGAGAAAGGAUUUUUUUUUAAAAAAAAACAACAAACCAAAGUCAGCAAGCACACCAUUCUCAAGUGCUCAGUAGCUUCAGUUAAAACUCAAGGUAACUUGCUCCCAUAGGGUGUUAUCACAUCAGGAAACACAUGUAGCAGAAUCAGACUGAAUAGUAAUGGUUUUCCAAGUGGUCUUUCCUAACCUGUUACCUGGAGGUGCUUGGGAUUAAACGUUUUGCAUCCAAGGUAAAUUCUCUAUCCACCAAAUUACAGGGAACGAACAUUUUGUGCACAACCAAGAGAUGCACGACCACCAACACAUGUGCUGUUUUUGGCCCCUGAUACAGGGGUAGAAUGGGCACAACUGCUGACAUGGACCUGCAAUGCAACCCCCACGCAAAUGGAGAGUUGCCUUUACUGCCCUUCCCCAAUAUGCUCCGUUUGCUGCAACCCCCAUAUAGCCACAGAGCAAGACUUCAUUAGCAAUUUUUCUUUUUGCAGAAAAAGAUGGGCCAUCUUUUUGUUACUGAGUCUCCCAUGAUAGAGUGCUCAUGUUGGUUGCUGAACUUGCUCUUUAAACUGGCCAGCUCACAUACUUCUCACUGAGUAUUCAACUUAGUAUUUUUAGCUGUGCAAUUUAACUUCUCCUCCCUCUCCCCAAGUGCUCCCCCAUGUGACCCCUAAAUUUGUUGUGGGCAUUCCUCCAAACCCUACAAAGCACAUUUUGGGAUGAAGCAGGGUGCAAGUGGCAGGGGCGUGGUGGUGGUUUCCAUUGCCCAAGUGGAAAUCUUUGAGCUAAUGGAACAAGUGCAUUGGACAUAGCUCCCCCUCAAUGCUGUUCCCAGGGAGUUAAGCACCAUUGGGACACAGUGGAAAUUAUUGCUGAGUAAACAUGUACAGAAUUGUGCUGUUUGUUUUUCAUCAAAGCUAUUUAAAAAAGACAAUGCUAUAUUUUUAUAACUGCAAAUUCAAAAAUGACAUAGAAGAUCUGAGCUCUUAAGAACACUUAAGAAGCAAGAUGGGGGAAAUCCCUUGUUUUAAUUACUAAUCUUUCUUACCAUAAAUUUGAUGCUAAAAUAACCAGUUAUUUUAAUUUAAACCUGCUUGUACUUCCAUGUGCAUAAUGAACAAGUAAAAAAUGACCCUCUAAAGAGCAAUGCUGGACCACAAAUCAUUACUUGAUUUUAUUAUCAAGUGCAGGAUGCCAUUCUCCAAAAGAUAUUACUGAGCUAUAACUCCUUAGUUAUUUUCAAGUGAUGGGCUCUUAGGGUGCGCUAGAUACACACACACACACACACACACACACACACAAAUACAACCUUUCUGUACCAUAGGUAAAGUUAUUAAAGCUCUCUGCUCCCAUUUCUCCUCUUCUUAGAAAGAUAUGACAAAGAAGAUGAGAGAAGUAUCUUUAAAUCUGUAAAGGGGGUGGGGUAAGGAGAUUGGAAAAGGCAGAAGAGAAGUGGUGUGUAUACAUGGGGGUGGGAGGUGAAUGAGCCUUUAACAAGAUUCAUUUUUCUGUGGCAAUAGUAGAGGGUAGCAACAUGAGAGUAGGCUUUUUCAGAGCUGGCCUCCCACCUGUGGAAUGCUCUUCUUAGGAAGGCAUGCCUGGCUCCAUCUUGAUCUACUUUUAAGCUCCAGGCAAAUACUUUUCUUUCUACUUUGGCUUUUGGCCCUUAAUUUUAAGGGUGGCACUGUGACCUCUUUUAGUGGGGCAGGAUUAGUAAAUCUUAACCUGUUUUAUCUUUUUUAGCUGUGUUUUUUUAGAUUUUUAUUGGAUGCUCUUAAAUCCUUCUAACGCCAAACUUCUGAUCUUCAGAAGAUCACAUCAGCAUAGGCAGGUGUAGCAGGGAUGAGUGAAUAUGUCAAUUUCAGCUUGGCCGAGUUUCUCAUCUUUCCAAUCUCUAGUUCUGUUCUCCAUGUUUCCACAUGGGCUUGUGAUUAUUGUUAUUUUU